AUGGAUCCGAAUGAAGAACAGCCACAACCGACCCUGCCGCCGCAGGAGCAGAUGCGCCAAAGGCGUCUUGCGAAGCUUGGUGGUCUUAAUGCGGCACCGUCUAGCUCGUCCAACCCUAAACCAGAAGAAGCGAAUAAGCCUGAGCCUACGGCCUCGUCAGCAUCGCCAACCUCAACAACCUCAACAACAUCGUCACUUCCGACUACUCUACCUAAGCCAAAUGUGCCAAACCAGGAGAACACCCGACCAACUUCUCUACCAACCCGUCAGACAAACUCUGCUCUUUCUGCAUCGUCUCCAAUCCAAUCCCCAGCACCAAACCCGUUUUCACAGUUUGGUGGGAAAGCCAAGACAGAGUCUGGAAACACACCGGAGGAUUCAGGUAAUAAACGUGUCUCCAAGAGGCCAAAUGCAAGUAGUAUUGACAAUGGUAACCGAACAGCUGCGCCAUCUAAGAAAAUACAUGCUUCCAAAGAAGAGACGUUAGAAAAUUGGUCGAAUCGGGUACUUGGCGAGAUAUUCCGCGUCACACUUGAUGAGAGUCACACGACCGACAGCAGAGGCACUAAGUUAACCUACCUGCCAGAGCUCAAGGCUGACCUAGAACAAUCUGGAGAGCCCAUAAAACUUACAGCUUCGUCCAUCGACUCGGCAAUCCUCGAGGCAGCCAGAUAUGCACCCACGAACAAGCCGCUUUUAGAUUACUUACUACCGUGCUGGAAGCGCGUCAUAAAGGCUACUAAGCCUGCCAGACCACCACCCCCCGAGAAAGAAGCUAUCUUGAACGAAGCUAAGCGGCUGUGCAUGAGCAACUGCAUCUUUGCACUCACCAUGCCUGAAUAUUUUGGCCGUGACCCCAAUCCGAACCACGACUCUCUAGUGCCCUAUCUUCUCCGGCACCACGAUAAUGAAGACGGUAUCUGCUUGGACUUCUUCGCCGAUGCUGUUUCUCGUAUACCGGAAGACGAUACCGUUGCCGCUAUUUUCGUAGAUGCCAUGGUUAUCAUGAGCAAGAAACUUGCUACCAUGACCAUGAAUGAUGACUAUAGGCCAUACAUCAACUGUUUGGUUACAUUUGCUAGAUUCCCACCUUUGCUCAACGCACUCGCGGAGCAUCCUAGCUUUCGCGUGAAUCCUACACCAGAUAUGUCGAAGGAGCAAAUAGCUUUGGCAAGCGAAACCCAAACUAUCUUGGGGCCCUUUUUUCGCAUCUCGCCACUGCAGACUGAGGUCACCAAGACCUAUUUUGCUAGUCCGCGAACUAUCGAUCCCGGCCAUGUGAAGUCAUCCCAAAGUGCUCUCCAAAUGACGCUGAAGGCUCAUCAAAGCGACCUGACGAGCAUCACGAAUGCCUUCGUUCGUGCAAGCACAAACGCCCGAAACAAUACCCUCGACUGGUUUGCAUUUGCGGUAAAUACAAACCAUAAAAGGCGAGCUCUUCAGGUCAAACCAACUGAAGUCGCCUCAGAUGGCUUCAUGGUCAACGUGACAGCUAUUCUGGAUCAACUCUGUCAACCUUUUAUGGAUAGUACGUUUUCUAAAGUAGACAAGAUCGAUGUUGACUAUUUACGGCGUAGCCCUCGAGUCGAUAUCAGUGACGAGACCAAGCUCAAUGCUGAUCAGGCGACCUCGGAGGCAUUCUACAAAGCACAAGUACCCGGAUCUUCUAAUUUCAUCUCGGAAGUAUUCUUCUUGGCCCUAGCUGCACACCAUUAUGGCCUCGGAGCAGCGAACUCGAAACUCAAGGAUCUUGACAAAGACAUCAAGUAUGUUGAGGGAGUUAUAAAACAGAUGGAAGAGGAGAUAUCCAAGCUACAGAACGAUCCUCUGCGUCUUGCCGUGGCAAGGCAGCAUCACCAGACCGCUAUUAACGCUGUUGAAAAACAUAUAGCACUCAAAUAUUCGAUUGAAGGGGUCGUAUUGGACUCGUCCAUGCAGACACUAUCCUUGCAAUUUAUGAGAUACGUGUCCGUGUGGCUCCUCCGACUUGCUAGCGGGACGGACUACAAACCAGGCAAUGAUUUCGCGCUCCCUCUCCCUGCUGACCAACCCGAUGCUUUCAGGUGCCUCCCGGAGUAUGCCCUCCAAGAUGUAGUCGAGAAUUUUAAGUUUAUUUUCCUUUUCUUGCCUCAGAUUUUGGUGUCUGCUGUCGGAGACGAGAUCAUCACUCUAUGUAUUGCCUUCUUGAGAUCCUCGGAGUAUAUCAAAAAUCCUUACCUCAAGUCCUCACUCGUCACCCUGUUGUUCUCUGGGACAUGGCCGAUAUAUCAUCUCAGUCGGGGAGUUCUAGGUGAUAUUUUGGUCGGGUCCAAGUUUGCCCAUGAACACCUCCUCCAUUCACUCAUGAAGUUUUACAUUGAAUGUGAGCAUAGCGGUGUUAGUUCCGCAUUUUACGAUAAAUUCAAUAUCCGCUACGAGAUAUUUCAGGUUAUCAAAUGCAUCUGGCCGAAUAGCGUAUACAAAGAUCAACUUAGCCGAGAAAGCAGGGUCAAUCGGCAAUUCUUCGUGCAAUUUGUAAACCUGCUUUUAAACGACGCCACGUACUUACUAGACGAGGCAUUGACUUUGCUGGUCAAGAUACACGAUUAUCAGAAGCGAUUACAAGACGAUACAUUAACUCCUGAAGACAAGGAGAAGGUCAGAUCAGACUUAGAGUCUGCGGAACAGCAGUGCCAAUCCUGGAUGCAGUUAGUGAACGAUACUAUGGGGAUGAUGAAACUAUUCACGGCGGCACUACGGGACGCGUUUACUAUGCCCGAGAUAGUAACUCGGUUGGCGGGCAUGCUAAACUACAAUCUGGAAUCUCUAGUUGGCCCGAAACGGGGCAAUCUUAAAGUGCAGGACGCCAGGAAAUAUCACUUCGAUCCGAAGACCCUCUUGUCUGACUUCAUAGACAUAUAUAUCAACCUGUCACCGAAGCCUACCUUCAUCGAGGCGGUUGCUGCCGACGGUCGCUCAUACAAACCGGACAACUUCAACGAAGCAACUAAUGUGAUGCUACGUAGUCUUCAUGCGGCCCCCGAAGUUAUCUCUACUUGGAAAUCUCUAGUAGAACAGUUUGCCGAAGCUAAGCAACGUCUGGAUCAAGCCGAACUCGACCUAGGCGAAGUGCCUGAUGAAUUUGAGGAUCCUUUGAUGGGUGAUCUGAUGACCGAUCCGGUCAUCCUCCCGUCGCAUAAUAUCGUCGAUCGGUCGACUAUUGUGCAGCAAUUGCUCUCUAACCCGCGAGAUCCCUUCACUCGGAAGCCUAUGACUAUCGACGAUGUGAUACCAGCUAAUGAUCUGCGCGCUCGGAUCGAGGAAUGGAAAGCGGAGCGGAUAGCAGCUGCUAGAGCCAAGAUAUCAGAAGAGAACGCCAUGGAUACAACGGCAGGCUAA